GUGUGAGAAACCCCCGAGCAUCCCGGCCGUGUCACGGCUGCAUGACCUGGAGCGUGAGCUGGCUCUGCCCCAAUGCAGCUUUGCGGCAGGAUUGUGCCUCUCCCGCAGUGUUUCAGCGCAGCGCUUCUGAGCAGAAACCAGCCCUCUAAUUACAGCUGCGCCGUCUUCAUUUAAUAACGGAGAAGUGCAUUGUUAAAAUCUGAUGGCUAAGUGGCCUCAUUCUUUUUCCGCCGUUCGUAGUCUCCUUACCAGCGGCUGGGCCAACGCAUGCAGGAUGUUACUGGUGACGGAGGGGUGUUAAAGGAGGUGAUCCGUGCUGGCGCUGGAGAAGUUGUGCCCCAGGAUGCUUCUGUGUUAGUGAAAUAUUCUGGGUACCUGGAAUACAUGGAUAAGCCCUUUGACACGAACUGGUACAGGAGGAAUCUUCGGCUGAUGAAACUUGGAGAAGAGAUUACACUUCAGGGCAUGGAGGUUGGCCUGCUGACCAUGAAGAAGGGAGAAUUGGCAAGAUUUCUCUUCAUACCAAGUUAUGCCUAUGGGGCGCUGGGCUGUCCUCCUUUGAUUCCCCCUAAUGCCACAGUCUUGUUUGAGAUGGAGCUUCUGGACUUUCUAGACUCGGCUGAGUGUGACACAUUCUUUGAUUUGACUCCUGAGCAGCAGGAUACGUUCCCACUACAGAAGGUGUUGAAAGUGGCAAGCACAGAGAGGGAGUUUGGCAAUUACCUCUUCCGCCAGAAGCGCUUCAUGGAUGCCAGAGAGAGAUACAAGCGGGCCUCCUUGAUCCUGUGUCGCAGGCCUUCCAGUGGGGAUGAGCAGUGUCAGAUUGAUGCUGCCAAACUGCUGGUGUUUCUGAAUCUGUCAUUUACUUACCUAAAGCUGGAGCGUCCUGUCCGAGCUCUGACAUAUGGAGAAAAGGCGCUGGAGAUUGACGAGAGAAAUGCCAAAGCAUUAUUCAGGUGUGGCCAGGCUUGUCUCUCUCUCACAGAAUAUGAAAAGGCUCGGGAUUUCCUUGUCAGAGCUCAAAAAGAACAACCCUUUAACCAUGAUAUUAACAAUGAGCUGAAAAAGCUGGCCAGCUGUUACAGGGACUACAUGGAUAAGGAGAAGGAAAUGUGCUGCCGAAUGUUUGCUCCUCUCAGCUUUUCUCCUGUGGAACCAGAAAUAAAGAAUUCUCUGCAGAUGAAAGGAACGGUUCCAUAACUGGAAGGAAGCUACCUCUAGCCCGCAAACAUUGCAUCCGUGCUUCGGGAGGAGGGGGGACGGAACGUCGUUUCAUUGGAGAGCUCGGAAUUGAGGAGGCUGCAAACCUGUUCAGUUUUAUAUGUACAACAUGUUUUUCCAGAAAAUAAGAUUAAAUUCUGCUGUAGAGAAGGAGAAACUGCCCCUCGGGCUUUAUGCUCUCUCAUUAAUGGAGCCCUGGAUUAUUCACAGAAGCUGAUAUUGACUUUAUUUUGAAGCAGACUUUUUCUCAGUCUUCUCCGACCUCUUCCAAGUUUUGGGCUGCUCAGAGGAAAUAUGUCAAUAAAAGUAGGAUGCCAGGGAAUUUGUAUUUAGGCAACUUGUUCUUAGACUAAUUAUGUUUAAAAUUUGGUUUUGUUUUGAAAAAAUAAACGGAUCUCUGGAAAAGAAUCCGAGCAGGA